UGCCCUCGCAUACGAUACUUUAUCCGUUUCCAUUCCUUUCUCAUCUCUUCCCUUUCUAUUGCCUUCCUCUUCCAUUCCUUUCUCUUCCACUUCUCGAAGCUUCAGAAUUUGAAUCCAUGAAAUCUUCUCCUUCUCCGGCCGCCGAUGCCAACCCCUCCCUUCUGCACGCCCUCCGACGCCCCAUAUGUUAUCUCAUCCUCCUCUCCGUCGGCUACACCCUCGGUCUCCUCUCUGCUUCCUUCAACUCUCCUCCCCUGUCGCCGCCGCCGCCGGUUCUGCCCAAUUAUACGGUGCCCCCGCCGCCGCACGACCUCCUGCGCUUUCGCACCCGGUGCGCCGAUCCCAUCCCCCACUCUGAGGUCCUCAAGACGAUCCUCGAUAAGGUCCACGACGGCAAAUCGCCCUUCGACGGCUUCCCGUCGCCGGAGAAGGCGGGGCUGCUGCUCCCCCCGAAGGGCCGCCCCCGCGGCUGGGGCUCCACCCUCCCGGUCUUCCGCGACCUGAUGGAGUCAGUCCGCCCGCUCACCGUCAUCGAGCUCGGCACUUUCCUCGGCGCCUCGGCGCUCCACAUGGCAGCCGUGGCGGCCAAUCUCUCCCUCCCCGCCGUUAUCCUCUGCAUCGACGACUUCCGGGGAUGGCCAGGGGCUAGGGCGCGGUUCGCCACCGACCUCCCGCGGCCGCGCCACGGCGACUCGCUGCUGCUGCACCAGUUCAUGGCGGGGGUGGUGGCGGCGGGGGCGGAGGGGCGGGUGGUGCCGGUGCCGUUCUCGACUGCGUCGGCGCUGGGGGCGAUGUGCGAGUGGGGAGUGUACGGGGACCUGAUCGAGGUGGACGCUGGCCACGACUUCCACUCCGCGUGGGCGGACAUCAACCGCGCCUGGGCGGUGCUCCGCCCCGGUGGCGUCCUAUUCGGCCACGAUUGGCACACGGCCUUCGACGACCGCGGGGUCCGCCGCGCCGUCAUGCUCUUCGCCCGCGUUAAUGGCGUGCAAGUGCGCGGCCAUGGCGCCCAGCACUGGGUGCUCUCGCCCAAGCCACACCACUCCUAAUUGCAGCAGAGAACAUUCCAUUAAGACUCAAGAGCGGUGCGGAAUGUUCUCUGGUUUUCUUAUCCCUCUCUCCAUGAGAUACUGUUGUUGUCGGACGAAGCGUCCAUGAUUACCCUUUCCUCCGGGAAGUAUACAGCCGCCCUGAACAGCCGCCAAAAGUAACGAUUUCACCUUCAACAUUCCAUUAAAGCAGGGUAAGAUAGAUACCUAAACAGCAAUUUUUAUUUUCUAUAUUGGAUUAUUUUCUGAAAUAUCUUAAUAUUUUAAAAAACUAAGUAAAUUAGGAGAAAUUAUUUUUUUUGUUCUAAUUAAUUUUUUCUUUCGGUUUAUUUUUAUCGUUCUCUACUAUUUUCUCCCUUCAAUGUUAAAAAUUCAA